UUAUUUCCUAGACCCAAAUGAUUUGUUGAAGUCACCAGAAGGCUGCAUGUCUCUUCUGAGUCUGUCCCUUCUCCUAAAGGGCAGAUGAAAAGGCACAGAGCCUUGUACCUGUGAGGCUGUUUUCAUCCAUCCAGCUUGGCUUCUGUGGGUCACUUACGGCAGGCUCCACCUUCCCCAGGAGAGCGGCUGAGGCUGCACAGAGCUGGAGGCCUACUGAGCGUGACAGACAAGAUGCCGCGCCAGUUCCCCAAGCUGAACAUCUCGGAGGUGGACGAGCAAGUCCGGCUCCUGGCUGAGAAGGUGUUUGCGAAAGUGCUGCGAGAGGAGGACAGCAAGGAUGCCCUGUCUCUCUUCACCGUCCCGGAGGACUGUCCCAUCGGGCAGAAGGAAGCCAAGGAGAGGGAGCUGCAGAAGGAGCUGGAGGAGCAGAAGUCCGUGGCGACCGUGAAAAGAAAGACAAGUUUCAAGAUGAUCCGGUCCCAGUCCUUGUCCCUGAAAAUGCCGACGCAGCAAGACUGGAAGGGUACCCCAUUGGCCAGCCCGGUGGUGUCUCCCUUGACACCUGUGCUCUACGGAGCCAGCUCCCAGCCCCUGCCUGCACCCUGUGCAAUGCCCGAGUACCAGCGGGUCAUCAUCAGCGGAGAUUACUGUGCCGGGAUCGCUGUGGAGGACUAUGAGCAGGCCGCCAAGAGCCUGGCCAAGGCCCUGCUGAUCCGGGAAAAGUAUGCACGGCUCGCCUACCACCGCUUUCCACGGACCACUGCCCAGUACCUGGGGCACGGGCCAGCUAAUGCUGAACUUCCGGACGAGGGUCUCCCAGACUUCUGCCCUCCCCCGCUGCCCCAGGAGGACCCUUACUCCCUGGACGAUGUACCUCCCAACCUGGACUACCUGGUCUGCAUGAAGGGGGGCAUCCUCUUUGUGUAUGAUAACAAGGAGAUGCUGCAGCGCCAAGAGCCCCACAGCCUGCCCUACCCUGACCUGGAGACCUACACAGUAGACAUGAGCCACAUCUUGGCCCUCAUCACUGACGGCCCCACGAAAACCUAUUGUCACCGGCGACUGAAUUUUCUAGAAUCCAAGUUCAGUCUUCAUGAGAUGUUAAAUGAAAUGUCUGAGUUCAAAGAGUUGAAGAGUAACCCCCACCGAGACUUCUAUAAUGUGAGAAAGGUGGACACGCACAUCCACGCAGCAGCCUGCAUGAACCAGAAGCACUUGCUGCGUUUCAUUCAGCACACGUACCAGACGGAGCCCGACAGGACUGUGGCCGAGAAGCGAGGCCAGAAGGUCACCCUGAGGCAGGUGUUCAGCAGCCUGCACAUGGACCCCUACGACCUCACCGUGGAUUCGCUGGACGUGCACGCGGACCGGCAGACAUUCCAUCGCUUUGACAAGUUCAACUCUAAAUACAACCCCAUGGGGGCCAGUGAGCUCCGUGACCUGUAUUUAAAAACUGAAAACUACCUGGGAGGAGAGUACUUUGCUCGUAUGGUCAAGGAGGUGGCCCAGGAGCUGGAGGAGAGCAAGUACCAGUACUCAGAGCCACGGCUCUCCAUCUACGGCCGCAGCCCGGAGGAGUGGCAGAGCCUGGCCCGCUGGUUCAUCCAGCACCAGGUCUACUCGCCCAACAUGCGCUGGGUCAUCCAGGUGCCCCGGAUCUAUGACAUAUUUAGGGCAAAGAAACUGCUGCCAAACUUUGGAAGGAUGCUGGAGAACAUCUUCCUACCCCUUUUCAAGGCCACAAUCAACCCCCAGGAUCACCGUGAGCUUCAUCUCUUCCUCAAAUAUGUGACGGGAUUCGACAGCGUGGAUGAUGAGUCCAAACACAGUGACCACAUGUUCUCGGACAAGAGCCCCAGCCCAGACGACUGGACCAGCGAACAGAACCCGCCCUACAGCUACUACCUGUACUACAUGUACGCCAACAUCAUGGUGCUCAACAACCUGCGCAGGGAACGAGGCUUGAGCACAUUCCUGUUCCGGCCUCACUGUGGGGAGGCGGGCUCCAUCACCCACCUGGUGUCUGCCUUCCUCACUGCCGACAACAUCUCCCAUGGGCUGCUCCUCAAGAAGAGCCCAGUGCUGCAGUACCUCUACUACCUUGCCCAGAUCCCCAUCGCCAUGUCUCCUCUUAGCAACAACAGCCUUUUCCUGGAAUAUUCCAAGAACCCCCUGCGGGAAUUCCUGCACAAGGGGCUGCACGUCUCCCUCUCCACGGAUGACCCCAUGCAGUUCCACUACACAAAGGAAGCACUCAUGGAGGAGUACGCCAUCGCCGCGCAAGUGUGGAAGCUGAGCACAUGCGACCUGUGUGAGAUCGCCCGGAACAGCGUUCUGCAGAGCGGCCUCUCGCAUCAGGAAAAGCAGAGGUUUCUGGGAGAGAAUUACUAUAAAGAAGGACCUGAGGGAAAUGAUAUUCGAAGGACGAAUGUCGCGCAGAUCCGGAUGGCAUUCCGACACGAGACUCUAUGCAACGAGCUCAGCUUCCUGUCUGAUGCCCUGAAAUCAGAAGAGAUCACAGCACCGGACAACUAGGUCCAGCAGUCAACUUCCACCUUAAUUUUUUGGCUUAAUUUCAGGCCUUCUGGAGCUACUGUGGUCAAGAAAUGAAACCAAGGCUUUCCUCUGUGAAGAGGACACCGCUGAAGGAAUUUCAGACUUGCUGUUCAGGUCACACUGUUCACUUUAAGACUGAACAUGCCCACUUGUGUUACUAUGGCUGAGGAAGGGUCGGUGACCUCCUCGGUGACCUGGGAGCUGGCACUUGUCUGUACUUAUUCCUGAUUUUCCACAUAUUUCUCUUGUAACUGCCAGUGCCUGAGUUGUUGGGGCUAGGAUCUUGCCAUGGCCAAAUGCCAAGAACCAUGAGGUGUUAGGAUUUCCUGCCACAACCUUUCUGUACACCUUGUAGGCGAACUGGUAGUUGUUCAUUUCAGCCUCUGGCUGGCUGGAUGCCUUAAAUAAAAUCAACUUCAAAGCUCCCUUUCAUAAAGGGGCUAUUUUGAGAGGAAAUAGAUAACCUCCUUUUGACAAUUUGUUGUUUAGGAAUUUCUUAACCUGGUUAGUCCCCCUUGGUCUUUUUUUUUUUUUUUCUUUUUGCGGUACUGGGGAUUAGAACUCAGGACCUUAUGCUUGCCAGGCAGGCACUUAAGCUACUGAGCUAUAUCCCUGGCUCCCCCUUGGUCUCUUCCAGGAGGAAGGCCUGUGUACUCAUGAAUGCAGCCUUUGUUAUUCUGUUGCUUUAGUGAGGGUCCAGAUUAUAGACAAGUGUUUUCAAAUGUGCUGUGAAGCCCCGCACAGACCACUCCAGGGGCGAGGAAGAAACAGAGCAAGGUUUUGGCAG